AAUACAUAUUUACAACUGACAUUUCACAGGUAACGGAAUACUUUUAUUGUAAAAUAAAACCGUUGCAGUGAAAUUUUUCAAGAAAAUCCAGAUUUUUAUAAUUUAUUCGAGUAUUUACUGAGAAAAAAAUGUCUAAAGAUGUAAGACAUUUAUUUGUGCGCGAUGGGCAAGCCAUACAAAUUACGAUAUACAAGGGCAAAAUGUUAAAUGUCAAAGUGAAUAAAAUCAUCAAGCGGAUCAAGUUAUACGGAGGCCAAUACUUAACGUGGGAGGAUUACUUAAAAUCAACUGAAAAAAGAAAAGAUAUACUUAUAUUAAGUGAUGCCCUCCACCCACAGUUGUUGAAAUAUUGUCAUAUUUAUGAUAUCCGAUGGGUGAAGGAAUGUAUAAAAAAAAAUGAAAAAAUAAAAAUAGAUAAUUUCAGGCUGGAUUGUUCAGAAGCCAUUGAAAAUGAGUUACAUCCAGAAAAAAAAGAAACUUCACAAAUAUCUGCUGAAAAAAUGCUUUUGUACAUAGAAAGAAUAAUUGACAGAGGAGGGGAUCCAAACUGCGCAGAAUACAUAUUAGAGAGGUGUGAAGACUUUAUUUGUGAUAAUGUUUGACUGAUCUUAUUAAAUGAAUAGACAAAAUUUAUUUUUACACUAUUAGAAUUGUUUUAAUUUUGUUCUCAAUUUUUAAAAUCUUAUUCAUAAUUCAUUCCAAAUAUUCCAAGUAUUAUUUGUUACAAAUUCAUUCUUGUCUUAAUCUAUUGAUUAUAAAUAGGUUUCUUUUUUCAAAACAAACCAAAACUUCUGAAGGUGUUUUAAAUUUUCUUAGAUCUAACAUUAAAGUGCUUCAAUUAUGUUAUGCAUCAUCGUAGUUGGUUAAUUUUAAAAAACCAGAACAGCAAUAUUCAUGAAAUUCAUUAAUUAAAUUCUGUACUCAUAAAUAAUCGUUCAUUCAGUUAAGAAUUAAUCAAUAUAUUUAAUUAAUAUAUUACAUCAUGCAGUAUGAGUAAUCUUGUGAUUGAACAAAUGAAGAUCAAAAACAAGCAAGAAAAAAGUAAAAUUUUAACUUCCAAAAAUUAUUUAUUUUUGAUAAUUUAA